CUUGCGAGAGCACUAUGCACUAAUUUCUGUUUUCACCAUGGCGUUGCAAGCUGGUUGUAGGCUUUCCAGUUUUGUUACAAUUUCAAGAAUUUCAAGGACAGUUGCUGCACUACCAUGUCAGCGUAUGCAAAGUACAGAUGGUCCUCUGUUAAUAGAGGAUCCCAAAUUUUCAUUUUUAAAAGAGUUAGGUUUGAAGGCCGAUAAUAAUGGAGUGUUUAAUGGAAGCUGGUGCGGUAGUGGCGAGGUUGUAACAUCAAUGUGCCCUUUCAAUGGCCGGCCCAUAGCUCGUGUACAGCAAGGAACCAUGCAGGAGUACAACUUAGCAGUAAAGAAUGCCACUGAAGCCUGGAAAGAUUGGUCAAAGAUACCCGGGCCUCACCGUGGAGAAAUUGUCCGUCAAAUUGGAGAAGCUUUGAGGGAGAAGAAAACAUCGCUUGGAAAAUUGCUAUCUAUUGAGAUGGGUAAAAUCCUGCCAGAAGGGGAGGGAGAAGUGCAAGAGUUUGUUGAUGUUUGUGACUAUGCUGUUGGUCUCUCGCGAAUGUUUGGCGGACAUGUUUUUCCCUCGGAACGUCCUGGCCAUGCAUUGAUUGAGCAAUGGAAUCCGAUUGGACUUGUUGGUGUUAUUACUGCAUUCAAUUUCCCAAUUGCUGUGUAUGGUUGGAAUGCUUCUUUAUCAUUGGCUUGUGGCAACACGCUCUUAUGGAAAGGUGCGCCAUCAACACCUCUCGUGAGCGUUGCCAUCACAAAAAUUAUGACCGACACACUUAUCAACAAUGAUAUUUCUCCUGCUGUUUGCUCAAUGAUAACUGGAGGAACUGAUAUUGGUGAGGCAAUAUCGCAUGAUACAAGGAUACCAUUAGUAUCGUUCACGGGAAGUACUCCGGUUGGUCAAAAAGUUGGAACAAUUGUUCAAGAACGAUUCGGAAGGUCAAUCUUGGAACUCGGUGGUAACAAUGCAAUUAUAGUUAUGGACGAUGCCAAUCUAGACAUGGUUGUGCCUGCUGUUCUUUUUGCAUCCGUUGGUACAACUGGUCAGCGAUGCACCACAACAAGAAGAUUGAUUGUACAUGAAAAUAUCCAUGAUCAAGUUGUUGAAAGGCUUAGGAAAGCAUACUCACAAGUCCGCAUUGGAAACCCUCUAGAUGAGGAUACCUUAUAUGGACCAAUGCAUUCUCAAGCAGGUGUGGACAUGUAUGAGAAAGCAGUAAAUGAUGCCCAAGCCCAAGGGGGCAAUAUAGAAUAUGGAGGAAAGACAAUUUAUCGUGAAGGAUUCUACGUAGAACCGACAAUUGUGAGUGGUUUGAAGCAUGACGCUGAUGUAGUUCAGACAGAGACUUUUGCACCGAUUCUCUACAUUUUGAAAACCAAGAACUUGGAGGAGGCUAUUUCCUGGAAUAAUGAAGUGAAGCAAGGCUUAUCAAGCAGUCUCUUCACUCAGAACAUUGAAAGUAUCUUCCAAUGGAUGGGACCUCAUGGAUCUGACUGUGGUGUUGUGAAUGUAAACAUCCCAACAAGUGGUGCUGAGAUUGGUGGCGCUUUUGGAGGCGAGAAACACACAGGAGGAGGCCGUGAGUCAGGAAGUGAUGCUUGGAAGCAGUAUAUGAGGCGAGCAACUUGCACUAUUAACUAUAGUAAGGAGUUACCACUUGCACAAGGUAUCAAGUUUGAAUAAAACUCUAUUGAACCAGAUUCAGAACAUCUUUAAGAUAAAUACAGGUUACAGGGUACACAUCAACAGACAUCUGGCCCAUGAACAUGGAUACCUUCUAGUAUUUAACCAAAAACUUAUUCUAUUUUUAAUUAGCAUUCUACAUGCAGCUGAAUAGAAAAUUUGAAGAAAUGGACAAUUGUGUUUUAUUUGGGUAAACAUUUUAUCUUGAUUAACUGUUUCAGUACUAGUCCAUUUUUUUAAAAAAAAACAUAAUACAUAAUCAUGGAAAAGCUAUCCUUUCUGUAAAACAUUAAACAUCAUUGAACUCGGAAAAUUGGAAGUCAUAUUUUAGCCAUCACUAAACCAUUUUUUUGAAAUGAAAAAUAUAAAUACUUUAAGAAUGUUCUUAGAAGUUAAUUACAAACAUUAUCCAGUGAUAGCAAUUGAGUUGUGAAGUUGUGGCUUUUAGCCAAGUGUGUGUAUAAUUAAAAAUAAUGAAUGGUUAAAUACCAAAAAAAAUAUAUGUAUUAUUGAUCUUUUAAUAUUUUUUAGAUUAGUUAUUCAUACUAGUCUAACAUAAAAUGGAUACAUUGCUGUACUGAUAUAAUUAUUAUAUUAAUAAAUAAUAAUUUUUUUCUUAACAUACAGUUAAAAGAAUAAAUAGUAAUUAGCUUAAUUUUGUUUUUGGAAUGCAAAGGCCUGUUCAUUUAUUCAUGAUGAGGGUAAAUAUUUUACUUGAGUUAUUUCGUUCAGAUUAAUAUGAUAAGGGUAAAAAAUAUAUUAUAGUUUGUUCCUAGUACUAAAUUUGUAAUACACCCUUUAGCACAGAUCGAAACUCAUAAUGGAAAUUUUUGUACUUAUUUGAAAUAGUAGAUAUUAAAGCUGCUUCCAUUCAUAGUAGUACUUAUAGUUUUAUGUGAAUUGUACGUUUUUCAUUUGUUAAAAUUUGAACUUGUAGCAGGGUUAUAAUGUACUUUAUAAUUUACUAAUAUAACUGGAGUCACUAUGGCUAUACAUCUGGCCACUCUCCAUCCGGUUGGGCAUCCCAUUCUUCUUUUAACGUUUGUUACGUUGCUCUAACUGAAAAUAUGAUUAUUACAUGUAGAAUUUUCAACUCCCAUCAAGAAGUCAUAGUUAUAUUUAUUGUCGUAUUAUUACUGCAAAAUGCCUACAAUUAUGACCAAUUGUAUUGUUCAGAGAGCAUGAAUAAAUUAAGAUUUGAGGACACUCUUUUGCUAA